AUGGAGACCUUCUUUGUAUCAGCCUCCCACGUGAGGUCAGCUUGUGAGGAGAGAGGAAGCCUGAUUCUCUUGGCCAUCUCUAAAGGCGAGCUGUGUCUCUUCUGUGACGUGAACAAAAGACAAAGCCAGCCAAAGCAGAAACUUUCUGACAUGGCCACCCAACCAUCAUGUCUGCCCUUCAUCUUUCAUAGGGCUACGGUGGGCUCGUGGAACACCUUGGAGUCAGCUGCCCAACCCGGAUGGUUUGUCUGCUCCUCCUGCAAUCCCGGGGAACCUGUUGGACUGACAAAUACUUGAGGGAGAAGGAAACACACUGAGUUUUCAUUUUGGCAAUUCUGCAAAGCUGAAAUAAGCCCCAGUGAAGUCAGAGAAUAA